UUGUAAUUCUCUAUUGGAAUCUCUCCACUGCUUUCUAAAUGAAGAAUAUCAAUAAGACCAUGCUUUUGAUAUUCGCUCUGUUUUUUCAUGUAUCUAAAGCAUUAGUUUGUCAUUCUUGUCCCAAAUGUGGAAAUCUUGAAGUUCCUUAUCCGCUUAGCACAAAUGACAACUGUGGAGACUCUAGGUACAGAAUCUAUUGCUAUGACGGUAUUCUUCAGUUCAAGUCAAGUGGUGGGUUUUACUAUAAUAUCCAUUCCAUUGAUCCCGAUGCUUAUAAGCUUAUUAUAAGGCCACCCCAAAUAAAGAGAAAGAGUUGUUACUCUUCUGAUCUCUCUUUAGGAGGUUUAAGGCUGGAUGAACAUUUGCCUUUCAACAUUUCUACACAGAAUACUGUCAUGCUGCUGAAUUGCUCAGAUAAUCUUAUAAAUUCACCCCUAAAUUGUUCUACAAACAGCCUCUGUAGGCAGUUUGAGGAAAAAAUGGAGGAAUCAAGUGGGUGCAAGAACACCCUUUGCUGCACCUACUUGAAAGAUUCAGCCAUGACUUCCCACAUGAUAAGAGUCAGAAUUGGAGGCUGCACUGCUUAUACUGCUGUGGUCAAUUUGAAGCCUGGAGAUCCAUUUGAAACCUGGAACUAUGGAAUUGAGUUGCAAUGGGUCCCUCCAAACUAGAUUGGAUUUCUGGGACUGGGAUGAUAAUGUUAUAUAUCAUAUCAUGCUAUGAAGCGGCUGUACUCAAAAUAUGGUGUUUUUUUUCCUCCUUUUAUCCUUCUUUUGUGUGCAUUUUACUGGUUGGUGAAAUCUUUUGAUUGCUUUUGGUUUUCUACCAUGUACUUUAUUGUUUGGUUUUCCUUCCUAUUUUGGUUUGAUGCUGAAUGUUAAUGCAUGGCCUACUAUUGAGUUUUUUUUUUCUUGUUU